AAGAUUGGGGAGCACCAUCCAGAUCUUGUCGACCGCCAGAAACUGAAGGCAAGUAACUUACGUUUUUUUUUCUUUCACAAUCAAACUACAGAAGAAUUCUUUUCCAUGCCUGAUUAGACGCACGUAGAUUGAUGAAAAAUCAAAGGAAAAAAAUAUAAUAUCAACAGGCCUCGUGACCCGGACACUUGACCGCGUUCUGCAGCACGAAAUCGCGUUCCGGUACAACGUCGAGCUGCCGCCGGGAUUCGACGAAGAUGCGGACUACCGGGAGAAAAAUCUACCUACUGUGGACUUCGUCGUGCAACAAAGACAGGCUGGUCAGGAAGCAGAUCGCGAAGUACAGCAUUUGCUUCACGACGAUAUUGACCAAGCACAAAAAGGUCCGAAUGACUCCGCGAGCACCGCAGGGCAAGAAACAAGCACUACAACAAGCACCGCGAACAAGAUCGAGCUGCUCGCGAGUUUCGUUUGGAAUGACGCGGGUGGGGAUGGACAUCGAGAAUGGAAGGAAAAUAGUGUGCCGGAGACACCGAAUUUUCCCCUGGAACUCCUUAGUUACUACUUUCUCGCAGUGA